AAGGGCUGAAGGCCCCUUAUCCGCUCCAAGCCAGUCGCGGCGUCGCGCUAGAAUUCUCGUCUUGCUCGCAGUCGGCAGUCGGCACUCGCCACGCACGCUCUCUCCCCUCCCCUCGCGCCGGCCGCGGCAGUCGGCGCCCAACCCGUCCGUCCGUCCGUCCGCCAGAGCACAUCUCCCGCCGCCGGCCGGACCCGCCCCUCACUCUCAACCAAGUCUGAGGCCGACGGCCGCACGAUGGCCUGCCCCGCCGCCACCACGGCUCGCAUCGGGGCGCGGAGAGGGCCGUGCCUGUGGAGGAGCGAGAGGAGCAUCAGCGUCCUCGUCGGUUCCGCGUCCCUGCUCCCGGACCGCGCGGCCCGGGACACGAGGGCGCGCGCCUCGGAGCUGCAGCAAGCGCCCCGCCCGGCCUCCGCUACCGUCCCCACGCACAAGGUCACCGUCCACGACCGCCAGCGCGGGGUCGUCCACGAAUUCGUCGUGCCGGAGGACCAGUACAUUCUACACACCGCGGAGGCGCAGGACAUCAGAUUGCCGUUCGCGUGCCGCCACGGUUGCUGUACAAGCUGUGCAGUCCGAAUAAAAUCAGGACAAAUAAGGCAGCCAGAAGCACUUGGAAUAUCUGCAGAACUAAAAGAUCAGGGUUAUGCUUUGUUGUGUGUUGGUUUCCCAUCUGGUGAUGUCGAAGUCGAGACUCAAGAUGAAGAUGAGGUAUAUUGGCUCCAGUUUGGGAGAUAUUUUGCACGAGGGCCUGUGGAAAGAGAUGAUUACGCGCUAGAACUUGCAAUGGGAGACGAAUGAGCUGUGCCUAAGAGGUCGCACCAUCUCAAAAUUUCAAUCCCUGUAGUUCUGAAUAUGCCGGUUAUAUUUUUGUGCCUCCAAAUCUCACUCUCAGCUUUCUUUCCUUUCAGGAGCAUGGUUGUAACCUUAUGUUUCUGCAGUUGGUAGCGCUUAGAGUCACAAUUCGCUUCGUGAAAGGAGGAAAAAAGUUUUUUUUCUCUGCUCCCAAAUUUUCAUGUCCUGUUGCCCCCUAGCAGCCUGGGCCGUGCAAUAUGCUCUUGUAAAGAUGGCCACUUCUCAUUUUGACUCUUGACAGAUGACACAUUAUGAAGUGUGUAAAGUUGUAAACUACGGAGUACCCAGCAUUCAAUCUUCAGCGCGAAGCUAGUGGCUAACUUGAACUAGUUGAA